CACCGCAGUUGCUGUCUCUACAGAGAUCGCUGGCCCUGCCCGAUCCUACCCUGUCCUCACACCACGCGCUCUCCCGUCCGGCACGGCAGUGCUGCGAGCGUGCCUUCCCUACGACACUCUGCACCGCUCGCGAGCAAAAUUCGAUUCGCGGCUCGCUGAAAUUUCCACCACACGCGCCGCGCCGCGCAUGCUCGACGACAAGAAACUCUGGAGUCGUCCCCACCCUCUCCGCCCUCUCUACUCCCAUCUCUAAAUCCCAAGUAUGGAUAGCAACCACUUCAAUGGCGGUUACAAUCCGUACCAAGCCAACCCGCAGAAUCUCGCCCCGCAAAAUCCGACCCAGCAGUCCUCUGCUCAGCAGCAACAACAACAGCAGCAGCCAGGUCUAGCUUCAUUUGGCUCGCUGUCUGCUCAGAGCCAGCAGCAAGGCCAGCAGCAGCAACAGUCGCCUUCGCACCCGACCCUGCCGCCGCUGCAGAACCAGAAUGGCUUCUCCUUCGGCUCGCUGUCCUACCCGCACCCAGCCAGCCAGUCUCAGACGCCCACCACGCCGCACACUCCCUCCCAGCCGAACAACCAGAGCGCCUAUGCGCAAAUGCCUGCCGGUGCUGGCGCGAACAUGCUGCCUCCCAGCGGCUUGAGCAACCCCUACGCCAGUGUCUCGCAAGGCAUCAUGUAUCCAUCCUCGGUCUCGACCUCUAUGCCAACAACGACAACGGCUGCUGGCCUGCCCACACUUCGUCCUAUGCCUGCUGGUGGUGUCUCUGGAGUCAAUGGCUUGCCGAGUCUCGCGAGCGCAGGACACAUGGUGCACAUGGGCCAGCAGCCAUCUUUCAUGCAGAACGAGGAGGCGCCUACACACGUCGUCGGCUCGCAAGGCCGUCGUGGUGUGCUUCCGAGCGCGCCUGGUAGACCUCCGCCUGCACAAGGUGCCACAGCCACCAAGAGCAUGAUUCCUCAAAAAGAUGCCGAUGGCAAGUAUCCAUGCCCGCAUUGCAACAAGACAUAUCUUCACGCGAAGCACUUGAAGCGCCAUCUUCUGCGCCACACUGGCGAUCGCCCCUACAUGUGUCACUUGUGUAAAGACACCUUUAGUCGCAGUGAUAUCCUCAAGCGGCACUUUCAGAAGUGUUCGUUACGACGAGGCAAUCCAACGGGAGCCAAUCACUUGGCUCACCAACGCCGUAACACGAACAGUGGCAACAGACUUUCUAUCGGUCAGCAGGAGGGGCAAAUUGGUUUAGCAGGUAUGCCUGAUGUGUCUGGCUCGUCCACGUACAAUGCCAACGGUGUGGGUAGCAGUCCCAAUGUCAACGGAGACUUAUCUGCCCGGUCCUCACGAGCCAACAGCUUGAUUGGCGGCGGUGCUAUGAGCCAGCGUAACAGCCUCGCGGGGCUUGGUAUCCUCGGCUCGAACGCGCCGCACGCCGAGCAGAUGCAGCAAGGAACUUCUGCGCCCUACCAGCCGGGCCUGAACGCCUAUUCGAUGCAGAACAACACAAACGGCGCGCACAUGCCUUCCGGCUACCAAUUUAAUCAGCCGCAGAUGAACGGCAAUCCGUACAGCACCGCACAGAACCCACAGCCGAUGUCUUUUUUAGGCCAUCAGAGCUCGCGCUUCGACAACAGUCAGGUGAACAGCCAUCAUCCACAACUGCAAAGUGGUGAUGGGAGCGGUAGUCUGUACUCGCACCCGGGUGGCUUCGGGAGCGAGGAAACGGAUCACAGCAUUCCUGGUUUUCCGAACUGGAGUAUGGACGAUCCCCUUCAAGCCAAGGUCGACAGCCUCAUGCACCACUGCUUCCCACACGGCGAGGAUUCCGCCCAAGGAAGCCCCGCCGCUCAACUGAUGCAGAGUGUCCUCAAGAUUGAGAAUGUCAAGCAUUUUGCGGAGCACUACACCUCGUACCAAGGACAUUGGCCGAUCCUGCACAUGCCAACUUUCAAGCUCACCAAUGCCAACAACAACCUGGUCCUGGCAAUCUUGUGCAUUGGCGCUGUCUACAGCCCGAAGUUUACAGUCACUCAGACGAGGCAGCUGAUGGAGUUCGUGAAGGCCAUCGUGUUCAGCAAUUGCACCAUCUAUAACCGGACCCUCAACGGACAUGUUGAAGGUCUCGGUGACCAGCCAUUCGAGGUGGAAGAGCUUCAGGCGCUGUCCAUGCUACAGACCAUGUUCAUCUGGCAUGGAAACCCAACGCAACGACAAGGUGCACGGGAUGAAUUCCCAACCCUCGUCCGCAUCGCCAAGGCGAUGAACUUGUACGACACUGCGGCGCCUGGUCACUACGCUUACAGCAUGCUACAUUCUGGUCGCAACUCUCAAGCGAAUCUCUAUCGAAUGGAGCACUGGAACUGGCACGGCUGGCUCGAGCAAGAAAAGCGCAAUCGUGCUUUGUACCAGCUUCUUGUCACCGACGCUGCCAUGGUCAUGUACUUCAACAGCACGCCUCAGUUCGAUCCUUUGGAGGUCCGACUGAUGCUGCCUGCCGACGACGCCGCGUGGGACGCAGCAAAUGCCCAUGAGUGUGCGAACGCCCUUGGAUUGAGUGGCCCGGAUGCUCAAGCCAAAAACAUGACGGGCACACGCAAGCCUAUCCAGCCGACGAUGCGCGACGCCAUGCGAACCCUUCUCGACCAAUACGCAUCCUUCCAGCCAGGCACCACGAACGUCUACUCAAAGUUCAUGCUCAUCCAUGCGCUGAUCAUUCGCAUCAUCGUCUGCCAGAAAGCGUUGCUUCAGCCUGAUGGAGGCUACCAUGACUUCAAACUUGGCCUCAAUGGCAGCACUCCUGCGACGCCGCUAUCUCAGAACGACUGGCUGGAGCAGCAUGGUGGCGGCAGCGCCAAUAACAGUGGUCAUGCAACACCCACUGGCGGCUUUAGUCCCAAGCAACAGCAGAACAGGGCUGCUCAGCAGGAGAAGAAGCGUCUCGGCCAGGCUCUCGAGAAGUGGAAGCGAAACUGGGAUACCGACAUGGAGCUCCAAUAUCCACCACACCAUUACCAACAACGACGCUUCGGCUUUAGUCGCGAUGGUGUCCACUUUUUCUACCUUGGUCGCAGCUUCCUCCAGUCCCAGCAGGCUUCUGACUUCAACGUCCCAGGGGAUGUACGAUUCCGACGAGUCAUGGCUCUCCUCAAGCGCAUCAAGAGCAUGGUUGUGGGCGACAAUGAGACCAAAGGCCAGGACAUUGGCUCUGUCGGCGACAUUGACGACCAGUAUGGCCUCGACAACCUCACUCUGGAUAUGAAGCUGCUCUUUCGUCCCUACAACAGUCUAGUCGACAGUCCGGUUGCCGGUGUGCAGACCAAUACAGUAUAGCGUUCAGUUACGACAUUGCAGCGUUUCUCAUUCUUCGAUUCGCGGGCGGGAUAAAAGUUGGCAUCGGAACUUGACCAGAUUGAUCCGAUGUGUGAUUGAUUCAUUGUCAGGAUGCAGAAAGCUCACUCUCGAGCUCUGGGCGGCGCAGGUUUGCUUUGAUCGACAUUUGAAAAGGAGCGGCUACAGUGAUAUGACACGAAACAGAAGAUAACGAGAAGAUAGAUUAUAGACGGCUGGUGACGUGGAG